AUGGGCGGCCCUGCGUUUCCAGAAUUCGUGCCCAAGACGGGCCAUGCUGUUCUGGAAGUGCAGCAGAGUGACCUGGCCCGUGUGCACAAAAAGCUGCGCACUUUCCCAUCCCAGGCGUCCGAGACGGUUACCUUGCCUCACAGUGACAUCGCUGAGCUGCACAAGAAGCUGCGAGGAAUGAUGAAAGAGAUGGGCGGCCCUGCGUUUCCAGAAUUCGUGCCCAAGACGGGCCAUGCUGUUCUGGAAGUUCAGCAGAGUGAUCUGGCCCGUGUGCACAAAAAGCUGUGCACUUUCCCAUCCCAGGCGUCCGAGACGGUUACCUUGCCUCACAGUGACAUUGCUGAGUUGCACAAGAAGCUGCGAGGAAUCAUGCAAGAGAUGGGCGGCCCUACUUUUCCGGCAUUCGUACCCAAGAAGGGCGAUGCUGUUCUGGAAGUGCAGCAGAGUGAGCUGGCCCGGGUGCACAAAAAGCUGUGCAACUUUCCAUCUCAGGCUCGUCUUGCAAAUCCAGCUCGGGCGGAGGUCGUUGCCUAA